GUUGCGUUGUCCUGCUUUCUACUCUACAGUUAUUAUGAUUUGUUUCUGUAAAGGAAUUAUUAUUAAUUUUUAUUCUUUUAUAUAAAAUAAUGUGCUCUCUCUGUCUGUCUCUCGCUCUCGCUCGCCGUCGGGCGACACUCCCAAUUCACAACCAAUUCUUCCUCUUCCAAACUCCCACCCACUAUAUCUAUUAAAUUCUUCUUCAUCCCUUUCUCUCUCUAUCCAUACAUCUUACACUUUCCACAUUCAUUCUCACCUGUUUUUGGGGUUAGGGAUUUAAUGACGAUGAGAAAGAGAACCAGAACGAGUCUCAACUCGGCGCUUGUCAAUGUCUGGAGACGUGAACUUGGCGAGCUCUCCUCUAGAAACUUCUCCGACCGCCUUGCCGCUUCCGAGGAUCUUGUGCUUCGUCUUGAUAUCCUACAAAAGCUAGAUUUACACCGAGGUUGUGUAAACACUAUUAGCUUCAAUGGAGCUGGUGAUAUUCUUGUAUCAGGUUCAGAUGAUAGGAGGAUCAUACUCUGGGAUUGGGAAACUGGUCAACCAAGACUUUCUUUCCAUUCAGGUCAUCACAACAAUGUUUUCCAAGCAAAGAUCAUGCCAUGCACUGAUGAUCGAAGCUUCGUUACCUGUGCUGCUGAUGGGCAGGUAAGACAUGCUCAAAUUCUUGCCUCUGGAGUGGUGACUAAAUUACUGGCAAAACAUCAUGGACGAGUGCACAAAUUAGCAGUUGAACCUGGCAGCCCUCAUAUUUUCUAUACCUGUGGAGAGGAUGGAUUGGUGCAGCAUAUUGAUCUGAGAACUGGAAGUGCUACCCGCCUGUUUACUUGCAAACCUAUGCCAAGCCAGAGUUAUUUUUCCACUGUUCAUCUAAAUGCAAUUACAAUAGAUCCAAGAAAUCCAAAUUUAUUUGCUGUUGGUGGGUCAGAUCAGUUUGCUCGACUGUUUGACAUCCGUAAAUAUAAGUGGGACGGAUCAUCUGACUUUGAUCGGCCCGUUGAUUUCUUUUGCCCCCCACAUCUAAUUGAUGACGAGCAUGUGGGAAUAACAGGGCUGGCAUUCUCUGAUCAGAGCGAGCUUCUUGUGUCUUACAAUGAUGAGUUUAUCUAUCUAUUCACGAAGGAUAUUGGAUUGGGACCUGAUCCAACUCUUACUUCGCAAGUCUCUGAUUGCAGUGAUACAGGUGAUAUGACCCCUGAUAAUUGUUCAGGUGUAUCUCUUUCAAAUGUUGAUGGCAAUGUAAAGGCUGCUCCCCAGGCCUACAAAGGGCAUAGGAACUGUGAGACUGUGAAAGGUGUGAAUUUCUUUGGGCCUAAAUGUGAGUACGUUGUGAGUGGAUCGGAUUGUGGUCGAAUUUUCAUUUGGAAGAAAAAGGGUGGAGAGCUAGUUCGUGUUAUGGAAGCAGAUAAACAUGUCGUGAAUUGCAUUGAGUCUCAUCCUCAUGCUACAGUGCUGGCCAGCAGUGGAAUAGAGCAUGACAUCAAAAUUUGGAUUCCAAAAGCUAUUGAUAGAGCCACUCUACCAACUAACAUUCAAAAGGAUAGGGUCCUGAACUUGAUACCUCAUCGAAUUGGUUUCUUUCCCUUUGGUGGUUUUUAUGACGACGAUGAUGACGAUGAUGACUUCAUUGAUUCUGAUGAUGAUGAGGACAACGACGACGACGGAGAUGAUGACGAUGAUGAUGACAAUGAUGACGACGACGAUGAUGGUAGUAAUUGUAACAAUGAUGAUGAUAUUACUGAUAACAAUGAUGGUUAUAGCGGGAAUGAGGUUUUGAAUGAAGAGCAGCAGGAGGAAGAGGAUAAUGAGGGAGAUGAUACUACUGAUGUUAUUUUCCUCGGAUAUGCAGAUGAAGAUGAUUUUGGUUCUGAGAAUUUCUAUGAUGAUGGGGUUGAAGAUAUCAGAGAAACCGAGAAUGAUGGUGAUAUUGAAAUCGCUGCUUCCGACGAUUCAUUCAGUGAUAUCUGUGAUAAUGAUUAUAGUGAUCUUGGGUGUGGUGAUAAUGACUUUGAUGACUGUAAUAUGAUGGAUGGUUUUGACAAUGAAAAAUGACAAGAAAAUUGGGAUGUCAUGUUUUGUCUUGCUGGUGGUGAUGAUGAUGGUGAUGCAUUGACUUUUGAUGAUUUUGCACUUUCUGUUUCCAGCGAAGACCGAGGCCAAGGGGUUGGAUGCACCGUAUGGUUUCUCCAGAGGACCUGAUGUUGCAGUUGUUUUCCCAAAGGCGAAGGACAAGCCCUGAGAGCAGUGGAGAGCGUUCAGAUGUGGGAAGGGACCUGCUACAGCUUCUUCUGACCUUU